GGCAUUGUAGCCCUUGUUGUUUCUCCCUCCUCUGUCCGUCUCACUCUUUGUAUUCUAAUCUUCUUCUUUCCUUCUCUGGGAGACAUGGCAGCGAGACAUAUCGCAAUGCCGUCCACUGCGCAGGCCAAUGCAUUCGACAUAUCUGUAAAGACAACAGUGUCAAUGAGCUUUGCAACGUAGGGAGCGUGAAUAUCCCAAGCUGCCAUCCCUCCUACAUUCGAUGUCCGAGUGACCCUACUCCUCUGCCAGCCGCCAAUAUCUCUGCUUACCCCAAGACAAAGGAGUCGCUCCCUCCGAAAGGCCCAGCAACGACAUCGUCGGGUUGUCGUUGUAGUAGUUGUUGUUGUUUCUAUAACAACUGCGGCUACGGUCAGAAGAGAAGGACAGCCCAGAGCAUCUUCAGAACUGAAUGUCGACCUCAUCAGCUAUGCCAGCACAAAGAGGGACAACGUGGCCCACGAAACCACCGGCUUGCUGCAACAUAAUAGGCACAGCAGCCUGUUCGAUGGCGAGAGUGACGCUGGUCAAAGAUGGGCGUAGUGCUAGUCGGACUCUGUGGCACAAGGAAGAACUCCAGCUGACUGCGUCAUAUACCAGAGGAUUGGCCGCACAUGCCGCUCGUCUCUUGAAUGAUGAGAGUGUCACGAACAUAGUGGCCAGCUUUUAAAAGAGCGACACCAGAAAGAAGGACGGCAUUCCACAACAUAUGCACGGUCUCCACUCGGAAGACAUCGAUAGCAAACAAUCAUCCUGCCACUUCAACCACCUCAUCUUGAGACAUUCGACGCCGUGGCUUCCUGCGACUGGCUGGAGUGCUGCACGAGAUCCACCGCGUACGUGAGCUGGUAGCAUAAGGCACUUCAGACCAUGAACAAUGUCUCAUGUAUUGUCUGCGUGGGCUUCACUACCAACGCAACAAUGCAUAAUAAACCCCAGUCUAAAGGAGUUGGUCGACGGCGGUCUGUCUCAAAGAACGCGGGAUGUCACUUUCAGUGAUAUGAAUGGACUCCUACUACGGAGGUACGGCUUCAAGUCCACCAGGAGAUACCAAGGAACACCCCCCUUGGACGGCACUUCCGUGCCGAGUGGGAGAAUCGUGCAGGUACUGUGCAUGCUUGUCGGAAAGCUUCAGGGGGGUGGAAGCGAGCGAAAGCUGCCACCAGGUGAGUCAGACAAUCGUCGAUGUGGUAAGUCAGGAGCAAGCAGGGAGCCGAUAAAGACCAUGUGGGCUUGUGAAAGAGAUCUCAUGACUACGAGGGAAUCUCCGAGACUCAAGGGUUGUUGUCUACAGGGCUGCUAUUUCCCAUUACUCGGACGUGACAUCCCAGAACCCUUCGACAUUGCGCUGAUCUCUGCCCACUGCUCGAGAGAUGACCUUGACAUUUGCAGCGACCCGAACCCCAUGAAAACCCCUCCACGAAAUCAAGAGCUUGGGAUGUUUUGAGGGAAAGAUGUUUAAUGCUUGAGAGCAUAUCAGCAAAACAAUUUCUUUUUGAAAGAGUGCAAAGAAUGAACAGAAAGAGACAUACAGUGCAACAGGUGCAACCCUUGCAUUCGCCCGAGCCGUGUUGGCAGGUGCUGCAGUGUGGUUCCAUUGCGGGGGAUGGUUCGAAGUCUUUGACUUGUUGAUGUGGUUUGAUGAGAUGUUUUGCUAUUGCGCUUGUCUUUCAGUCGAAGUGAUGUUUGCGGAGUGGUAAGGAAGGAAAGAUCAAAAGCCCAGAGGUAGGGAAAAGAGAGCUGCUCUUAUACCUUUCAGCUGGCCACAUUUCUCCGCCAGAUUCGAGGAAAGGAGAUUCCCACCGUAGACCACCCUAUCCCACGCCAUAAGCAAAGUGACACAGAUGAUGCUCGAGAGCAUGUCAAGUGCUUUGGGUGCGUGAUUGGUGCCUUCAGCUUAUCGGUUACGUACUUUCAUGGUGUGAGAAAGGGUCCCGCGGGCCUGCCGCCUGGCGAGUCCCGCGUGAUCAAAUAAAGGACGCUCUGCAUUGGGGGCCACUCUCUACUGGCUCAGCGGCCCGUCUGUUUGGCCCAAAGAGGGACGGGACGAAGUGGCUCGUGGCAGAUUGGUGGGCACAGGAGCGGUCAAGAAGAUCUCCGCAGCUGGGACUCUCGCCUUGAGGUUUUGCUUGGUCCAAAGUUGGUUGAAAUCGUGCCCUGUUCCUGCACGGUUCCCGCUCGAUGUAGUGAAAAAGAGGAAAGAUCAGACAAGCGGAGUACUUUUCUUGCGUGGGAUGCGAGCCGGGGCUCUCCAGGGGGGGGGGCGUGGGAGUG